GCCGCAGCUGCGUGCCACAACAGUGACAAAGCGCAACGCGUGCGCAACUCCAGCUAACAUGGUCUACUCGCAGCUGCCGCUACGCUGCGUAUACGUCAUCUCCUGCAGCCUUUUCGUACUGGCUGCAGGCAAAGUGCCCACAGCUGCGCAUACGAAUAGCUGGCGCGAUCUGUUCUUCGGCAACAAGUGGCUGACGCCCGCGCCCUCGUCCUCGCGCCUCAGAGAAUCCAAAUUUUUACCCAUAUUCACACUAAUGCCGUAUGGCACGAGCAGCUGCGCGGCGCCGUCCGGUGAGCUGGGCAACUGCAUGGCCAACAAGGAUUGCCUACUGCGCAACGGCAUACCAGCAGGACCUUGCGGCGGUGGCUACGGCGUCUGCUGCGUAUUCCUGCAGACCUGCGGUGGUAUUAUACGUGAGAACUCCACCUACUUUGUGAAUCCGAAUCAUCCGGAUGUCUAUGACGGCACCGGCAGCUGUCAGGUGACCGUGCAGAAGAUGCAUCCGGAUAUAUGCCAGCUGCGCCUGGACCUGGACAUGUUCUCCAUAGCGCCGCCGGAGCCGGCCAAUCAUCUGUGCAAUCAGGAUCAGCUGCUAAUAUCGGGCGGCAGUCCCACGCCCACCAUAUGCGGCAGCUCCACAGGGGAUCACAUGUACAUUGACGCUGGCCUGGGGCAGAGCAAUCCCAUUGUGCUGUCCGUGAUAACCAGCGCCAGUUUUCCGCGUCUGUGGCGCGUGCGCGUCACCCAGAUCCACUGCGGCAGCAUCAGCCGGGCGGAUCAGGGCUGCCUGCAGUACUUCACAGCCAUCAGUGGGCGUGUGCGCAGCUUCAACUACAACACGGUGGCCGGGCGACAGCUCUCCAAUCAGGACUACAGCAUCUGCAUACGCAACGAGCGCAAUUUCUGCGGCAUUCAGUACAACGCGUGCCCCGAUCUGGAGAACAAUCGCUCGCGUGCUUUCACCAUAAGCGGCAACUCGAACAAUCCGGUGCCCACUCUGGUGGGCGGUGGUGGUGGUGCGAACGGCGGCUCGCCCACCAGUGGCUGCACCAGCGAUUGGCUGCUCAUCGGCUGCAUACGCUCCGCGGAUCGCAUACCCCCGCUGCCAGGCUGCGAGGAUCGCGUGUGCGGCGGCACCUUCAGCGCCGAGGCGGGCAUGUUGGCCAAGACGGUGCAAUCCAGCGUGCGUCCCUUUCGCCUGUAUUUCCACACGGAUGGCGUCGAGGCGCCCAAUGACAUCGACAAUCGCGGCUUCUGCCUCGACUACGUGCAGCAGCCCUGCACGAAUGGCUUCUGAAUG